AUGAACGACAAGCUCCAAGUUGUUCCACAUCCUCCCCAUCGCCCUCGCAAAAUCACCACCUUCCUCACCACCGUCAUCGCUGCCACCAAUAAAACCGCUAAGAUGUCCCACCCCCGAGUAGAAGAGGUAUCCGACUCGGAAGAUGACGUUCAAAUGUCGGACCCCUCCGAAGACGACAUCGACGACUUUGUCGAAUCAGACAUCAUCCGCACCCGUCAAGCAGCCCCUUCCAGACCAACCCCCCUUCCUCAGCAACAACCCCCACCCCAAUUCCGCCAGCCACAACAGCCCCCCGCCUACCCCCAGAUGCAAACAACAACCGACGCAACCCCCUAUGCAUCCUACCUCUGCCUGUACCCAAUCUACUUCUCCAGCCUGCACACCCGCGCCCAAGGCCGCCGCGUCUCCGCCGCCGUUGCCGUCCCCAACCCGCUAGCCACCGAGAUCCUGGCCGCCUGCGCGAACCUCAACAUCCCCACCGUCUUCGAAGCAGGCAAGCUCCACCCCAAGGACUGGGCCAACCCGGGCAGGGUCAAGGUCUCCCUCGCGAACCAGACCCGCGUCAAGAACAAGCAUCACUUGUUCCUGCUCGUGGCUCAGCACCUAACGAGCCAUCCCAUCACCGAUGCCUCCCCUGCGCUGAGGGUCCACGUCCGCGGCGCGCCGCCUCCUCCCGAACUCAAGCCUGGGGAGCAAUGGCCCAGACCUGCUGUGCCCAGAGGCUGGAAGAUGUCGGAACUGUUGCCUCACUACAGCCCCGCCAUGACUGGUGGCGGAGUCAGCGAGAACUUUUUGAAGGAUAUGAUGAGCCAGAUGGGUGGUGCUGGUGGCGCGGGAGGACUGCCGGGUAUGUUGGGCGGUGGAGGAGGAGGAGGUGGGAUGGAUAUGGCUAGCCUGAUGCAGGCUGCUCAGUCGAUGGGUAUGGGCGGCAUGGGCGGAAUGGGUGGUCUGGGUGGUCUUGGAGGUGGUUCUUCACCCGGGCCGAGUUCGAGCGCUGGUGGGAAGGCAAAGAAGGGAAAGAAAUGA